AUGAGCUUUGGGUUCAGUGUUGGUGACUUCCUCGCCGUUAUUGGGCUUGUCACUCAAUUGCGGAAGGACUUUGCGGAUGCCCCAAGCCAGUUGCGCGACCUAUCGGCGGGACUCAAAACAUUCUCGACUUUGCUGCAGGAUACGGAGGUCGACCUGACUGCAAAUGAGCUCGAUUUAAGACAACAUGAAGCGCUCGAGUCUACCUUGUCUAGCGCACAAGAGUUCCUCAAAGACCUUCAGAAGUUCAUUGACAAAAGCAAGGAAAUAGCUGAUUCUGCAGGUUCCAAAACCCGGGUCAGCCUCAAGCGCACCUGGAAGCGACUCAGUUUCGACCAGCAAGAAGUGUCCAAAUUCAGACAUCAGAUAAGCUUAAUCAUCGCAGGACUACAGAUGUUCAGCUCAAAUGAGGUGAAGCACAAUACAAGGAAGAUAGCACGAUACGUCGACAAACAAGAACAUAGAGACAUAUUGAAGUGGCUUAGCGACGACGACUUCAACUACCACAGGAAUUACCAGAGCCAUUUGGUUCGCAACCGCCAAGCUGGGACCAGAAAAUGGCUCCUGGACUCGGAUGAGUGGAGAUCAUGGCUGAAAGUCGGUGGACAAACUCUGUACUGCCCGGGGAUUCCAGGUUCUGGCAAGACGUUCACGACAGCCAUGGCUAUCGAGAACAUGGACAGCCUCUCGGAGGAGCACGGCUGGGUCUUUGCAUACGUCUUCUGCAACUACCAGCAACGCAAAGAGAACAUGUGCGAGAUACUCCUGCGCAGUCUCCUGCGGAUGGUUCUGGAACAGUCACAGGAAAUAUCCUGUGAGAUUCAGAGCUGGCCGACCAGUAACAAGGAAAUCAGCAUCGAUGAGAUCACGGAACAGUUGCGUGUCUCGGUAGAAGGGUGUUCUCGUGUCUUUUUCAUGGUUGAUGCGCUCGACGAAUUAGACCUGUCUCAAGACUUUGUCUCAUAUCUGUUCGACCUCCAGAGGGCCGCUGGUGUCAACCUCUACUUCACAUCACGAAAGAUCCCACAAAUCCGGAUGCUCUUCGACAAUGCGAUGAUUGUCCCUAUCAAGGCGACAGAGCAUGACGUCGGAGUAUACCUCGAGAACCAGAUGAGCAAGCCACACGUACCCAGCUUCGUCCAGAGCAAUCAAGCAUUGCGGGAUGAGAUCAAGAAAACAGUUGUCAACGCUGUGGGUGAAAUGUUCUUGCUUGCUGACCUGCAAGUUACCCAAUUGAUGCAGAGCAAAUCGACACGGCGGCUCCAGAAUGCACUCAAGGCCAUCACUUCUGGCACAUCGACGUAUGAGUCAACGUACGCAGCUGCCAUGGAUAGGAUCCAAAGUCAGGACGAGCGUCUAUGUGGGCUUGCGACGAAUGCCAUCUCAAUCCUCGCAUACGCAGAACGACCGUUGCUUGCUCCGGAACUGGUCCACGCGCUCUCUGUGGACCUAGAUUUCAACGAGAGCUCAGGCACUGAGCUUCACAAAACAGGGGACUUACAGUCCAUGAGCGACAGUCUCGGAGUCUACGACCCGGACCUUAUGCCCACGAUCGAGGAUGUGAUAGCGGCUUCCGCCGGUCUGAUUGUGCACCAGCCUGAUUCCGAGAUUGUGCAGCUUGUUCACAAGACCACCAAGGAGUACCUGAUGAGCGAAAACGAACUCGUCGAACUCCUGCUCAAGUAUGGUGCUAGUCCGAUGAUAGAGGGCAAGAACACGGAGUAUAGCUCUUAUAUGAGCUUGCUCGCUAUCGCCUCGUCAAGUGGACACCACAACAUCGUCUCCUUCUUUCUAGAGUGUGGCGAUUAUACCAUGCCCAUGAUGCAACACGACGAGGACGGAUGGAGCUACAUGAGUGAUUCGACGUGGACCCCGGGGCCGAAUGCUGUGGCGCGGUUCCUCCUGCGCAACUAUACUUUCGACUUGUCUAUUCGCGACGCCAGCGGCAAGAACGCGCUCGCUCUGGCAGCAAAGCAAGGCAUGUAUAAGGUAGUCCGCCUGAUUCUGGAAGAACGGGAAGACUUGCUUAACUCACAGGACCACUCCGGUCGGACACCACUCUCAUGGGCCACAGAGCGACGUACGAGUUCGGUCAAGGAGCUCCUAAAAUACGAGGAUAUCCAAUCGGAGCUCGCGGACGACAAAGGUCUCGCUCCGAUAGACUAUGUGUUGCAAAAGGAUUUGUCCGCUGAGGACAAUCCACUAAGGCCUGGGAAUAAGCUGCAACUGCUGCCGCGCAUGAUUCCCUUGCUAGAGCACCAAAUCAACAGGCUUGAUCGUCACGGCUGUACACUUCUUCACAUUUUGAUCGACACUUCGUAUUCAGAGAUAUCCCCUUCCUGGGCCGAAGAUCAUGAGCAUUGGGAAAAGCUAGAGCGCUAUGAAGGCCGAAAGAUUUUCGAAUGCCGGGAAGAGUGGGAACACACAUGGAACAAAUCGCGUCACCUAAGGGACUUCGAGUCCUACUCUCCAAAACUCAACGUGUCCGGCUUCAGAGCAGCACUUGAUGCUGUGUCUGUGUCAGCUGCUGAGGUCGGCUCCUCGCCUUGCAAGUGCGGUAUUGGUACAAUCUUUCUGGCGAUCUCGACUGAGAAUGUGGAGGUAGUCGAAGUCUUGCUAGAACUCUAUCCCGACCUUGUCAAUGAUCAAUUCUUUGAUGGCAGUUCGCCUCUGGACCUGGCGAGCUGUAUCCGGGAUCAACAACGUCGACGAUCCAUGAUCGACCUUAUUUUAAGCAAGGACUCGAUCGUUGGAACACACAAAUCCGAUACGCCAACAUCCAGCAUCAGCGAGAGUGAUUCAGAUGAUUUAGAGCAGGAUUGGGUCUCACAGACCUCGAGCUAA